AUGGGCAUCACGAUCGAGCAAGUCAAGGAUAUCUUUUCCAACUUGGGAAAUGGAAAUUCCGCAGCUUUCUUUAACUACGUUGAGGAGGAUGUGGAUUGGACUGUAACCAAUCCCCAUCCUAACUUCAAGACACACCCGUUGGCAGGCCAUUACACUGGCAAAAACGAAUUCCUCGAAGCCACCGAUCGCAUCAAUAAUGCAUUCCAAGAACCUAUUAACUUGGUGAUAAUGCAAGAACCAAUAGUUGUAGGCAACCGAGCUGUCGUUGAGAUGUGGGCAAGAGAUAAGCAAGGUGAUGUUCCCGUUGGGAGGAACGGGACUAAAUACGAUAACAGAUUUGCGUGGUUCGCCACGUUUAAUGAGACAGGGAGGAUAUGCACUGUGCGGGCGUACUUGGAUUCCGCCAUGGUCCGAGACCUCCUCCAAAACCCGAGUAUUCCCACUGCGAGGCAACUUUAA